ACCAGGGAGAAAUCCCUGAGCAAAAUGUCGGCGCGCUAGGCGCAUGCGCCCUGGGCACCCCAUCGAACCGGGAACCGGACUUUCGGGCGGCGGGUGCUGCUGCAACCCGCUCCGGAGGCGGCGGCUCUUCUUGGCGAGCGGUCCGGGAGGAGGGAGGGGCCCCUGGCCUCCGUGCUGCGCCAAGGCACCUUCCCUACCUGCCCGCUUCGCCCCUGAAUUAAGAGGAAGGAGCACUUGGGUAGCGCUGGCGCCCGCGGGCGCCCGCAAGGUUUUCCCUGCUGGCCCGCCCAGCCUUAGCGGCUCUGAGAGGCCGAUGGGGGGGGAGGGAGUUGGGGGGAGCGUUAGCCAUUAUUGCCGGGAUUGCUCCCGUGGUCGGUAAAGGAGCUGCUGCAGGAAAGCCUUGCAAAGAGGCCCCGGGGCCCUUCCGCUGCCAGGGGGUGCAGGGCGGGCUGCCCCUCUUCUCCCCCCUCUUUUGCCCGAAGUCAGCAAUGAAGAAAUUCCUUUUCCCAGCAGGCCCUGCCCCCAGCUCAGAGGAGGCCCCGGGGCCCAGGGCCACAGAGGGGGAGGCAGGCCCUGCCCGGCAUGGCAGCCUGGAGAAGGCGGAGAGGGCUAAGCAAGAGGUGCCCCCCUUGCCAGGCGGGCCGUGGAAGGAAAUCCGGGCCGAGGGGCUCAGCUGUGACUACACCGUCCUCUACGGCAGAGUCCAGGCGGACGAGGCCUUCCAGCAGCUGGAAAAGGAGGUGGAGUACUUCGAAGGUGAAUUCACCAAGCUGCACAUCUUUGGGAAAUGGCACGACAUCCCGAGGAAGCAGGUGACCUACGGGGAUGCUGGGCUCACCUACACUUAUUCUGGUGUCACCUUUUCUCCCAAGCCCUGGAUUCCAGUUCUGAAUCGCAUCAGGGACCGUGUCCAGCUUGCCACUGGGCACACCUUCAACUUUGUUUUGAUAAACAGGUAUAAAGAUGGCCACGACCACAUUGGAGAGCAUAGAGACGACGAGAGGGAGUUGCUUCCUCGCAGCCCCAUUGCCUCUGUGUCCUUCGGUGCCAGCAGGGACUUCAUCCUCCGUCAUGGAGCUUCUCGGGGCAAAAACCCCUCCCGACGAAUCGCACCAGUCAAGUUGCAGUUGGAUCAUGGAAGUCUGCUGGUGAUGAACUUCCCCACCAAUCACUACUGGUACCACAGCCUGCCCAUCCGCAAGAAAGUGCUGGCGCCCAGAAUCAAUCUGACCUUUCGGAAAAUUAGGACUCUUUAGCUCCCAGGAACGGAGCAGGGGUGAGCGUCUUUCUACCCUUUUGGAUGCUUGAAGGAACCUCCUUAUUUCACACAGGUUGCAGCAUGGGUUUACAGCUCCCUUUUUUUGGAACCUAUCUGGACUCAAAACUGAGCUAUUUUAGUCACAGGCUCUACUUGGACAACUUGAUGCAGCCCCUGGCUGUGUGAACCUGGCCUGUGGCACAGUGUAUCCUGUGAACCAAGAAAAUAGGGUUAACUGAACAAACCAGACUUCAGUUAACUAUAGGAAAGUGUGCUGCACAAACCUAAUCUUUGGCUCAGCGCAUGUUUGGAACAUCUCAAUCUGCUUGCUCCUUAAGGAGUUGAUCAAGAUCCAUGGCGCUUCUCUAAGUAGUGGGGAGACGUUACUGUCUUGUCAAGGAAAGUGUCUCUACGCUGAGGCCCCUCCAAAUGCAGGCCUGCUUCUGGGUGGGGAACCCCCUCCCCCCCAGCUUGGAGCUAAGGAGGGGCCUGUGUAUUCCCAGGGCCUAUUUAUACUUUGCCCCACUCAUUUCCAUUCAAGCAAACUUCCAGAGUAGAAAUCACUCUGCAAGCAGCAGCCUGCCUGAGGUCCACAAACUCUACUGCUUUGUGUCUUGUUUACAUACCCUGAAAUAAAUAAAGUUAUUUGUUUCCUAUGGGAGAAAA